AGUGAGGUGAAGUGGUCAAGCACAAGGCUAGCGACAAGCGGGCGCGUUCCUGUGAAACUUGUCGCGGUUGUGCUUGCCUCACGCACACGCCUGCCCGCUGCUGAAGUUGAAUUGUCUUGAACUUUUUGUACUCAAUGCUGCUGGGCCUGACAUCCAUGGAACAAAGAUUGGCCUUCAGGUCACUGGGGAGCAUGUCUGAGAUAUAAAACCGAACACCUCAAACUGUUCUGUGCCGUCCCAGUUCUUCACGGGACUGUAAGGAGGUAUAUUCUUUCAGCGCUGAACUUUCUUUGUUCCUGAAUACAGACUUCACUCGCCGGACGAGCUGCACUCUGUUUCUUUUUUCUACCUCUAUUAUUUUUUUUCUUUUACCAACACAAUUUUGGAUCCCUAAGGAAACCGUUAUACACAAGAUAACAUUUUUAUGCCUGCAGAAGAAGAUGGAUAAACUCUGUGCUUAACUGAGAGAAGAUCACCACUGUGUUCUACCUUCUCAACGUUACAUCGACUUCUCUGAUUCCUGUUGCUGAGAAGAAUCAGCCGUGCCGUUGAAACUACCGGCAUUGUCAGAACUGAGCCGAGAGAAACUUCGCUGGAUUUCCUAAAAGGACGGAUGCAUCUACUUGCUACCAAAGCGACACCUGUGUGUUGCAGGUUAAAUGAGGCCCCAGUGAAAGGCUUUGAGAAAGACGUCGGUUCCAAGACCACCAUUAGGAUCACCUAUCCAGAAGGGGCCAUCCAGAAGACUGAACGCUAUGAGACUAAGUCCCUGUUUGUCCUCUCUGCCUUCAAAGCUCUGGACUUCAAGUGGCUCCGACACAUGAUCUUCAACCAGAGACUGAUUUAGGUGGAGCUGUGGAGACGGCCUGAAAGAGUCUACUCUGUCAUAGUAGUGUGCACUGUCCUCAACUACCUCUGUGUCACCAGAAGGAUCCCCAUCCUGGGAAACACCGUCAACCAGUGCAGGAGGAAGAUCUUUUUAUUUAUUUUUUAUUAAACCAGAAAAAAAGGUAAUGGGCACCCUGUCGUCUCUGCAGUGCAUGAGGACAUCAGUGGACUAGUGACUAGUCUGUGCAUACAUUAUUAACACCUAAUAGGUUCAGACAUUUCUCUCUUGAUGAUUGAUACAUGUUUAAGAUGUUUUCAAUAAUGUUCAGUUUAAAUAACUUCCCAUUCAACUGUCUGCACGUUGUAAACCAAAUAUAAGGGAUAUUGCUAAAAAACAGAAUGUAAAUAAACAAGUUAUAGUUUACAUCAGAUUGUGGUUGGUUGUUGUUGUCAUAAUUUUUCUUAUGAAGUUGAUUUAAUUCAAUGCCUUAGAGGCCCGCUUCUCCUCUUUAAAAAUAUGGGAGGGGGCUUGUCGUUGUUGGAGCAACUCUAUUUCUAGAGCCAAUUUCUGUUUUUCUAGCUCAAACUUUUCUUCCAUCUGCAAUAUUUUUGUAUCAGCCUCCACUCUAAGGAUUUCCAUCUAAAGCAGCACCUGCUAAAGUUGUAUGCUGGCUCCUUCAUUUCCUUGGUGGUUCUACGCUGCUGCCAUGAAGCAUUUUUGGAGGAGUGAAAUCAAAUUCAUCAAGACUUGUAAUUUUGACUUGGACCACAUCCAUUUCUGGAGAGGCAUCUCUCUCUUACAGCAGUUAGUUUAUUCCGGUGCUUUCCUCACCGAACAAACCAGUAAACACUCUUCUAUAAAAACAUCAGUAGGCUACAUGCACACUGCGGCACUGACUUACUUCUGCUAAAAUCUCCACCAGCUA